AUGAUGGAGGUGGCGGUGGUCCUGAGGCAGCGUGCGUUUUUCUUGUCGAAGGUUCGCGGGGCUGUCCAACGGAUGGCGCUAGUGGAGAGACGCUUGUCCGAGCAGGACAACGACCUCACAGAGUAUCGCGUCACGCGGAGCAAAGCGGAAGGGGCUGUGGCAGCUCUCCGUGGCCGACAGGAGCUAGCGACAACGAUGAAGACUGCACUGACUGCGGAAAUGCAGCGGUCACAAGCGAAAUUAGACCAGGACAAGCGGUGGAUGGAAGCGAUUCUUAAAAAGGAGAGGAAGCAGCACGAGGAUGUAAUGGUAGCAUGGAAGGAGCAGAUGGACACGCUCUCUCAACAAGUCAAGGAAGCCGAAACAAAGUGGCGUCGAGCGGAGGCGGCGGAUUACGGCAUGCGACGCAACAGCAUCCCCGUACGAUGGAAGCAUGACACGGUUGCUGUUCAUGAUUCCAUCCAAUGCUACGUCGCUUCUGCGCGGGUCAACGCUCUCAUUUCCGAGGCAAAACAGACAGCAUCAUCGAGAUGGCCUAGCGAACCAAUUUCGAAUACCUCGAGUCAGAGAAUGAUAGAAACGCCACACGCCCCACUGUUCACCUUCGCGCGAUGCACCGAAAACCAGAUCAGGGGAGUCGAGCUGACAACGGCGUCGCUCGAGCGACACCUGACGGGCGGUGAAGGGAGCGAAACUGCCCGCAUCCGACGGGAGUUGCAGGAUAGCGAGGGUAGCCUACAGCGAAGGAUUGAGGAGGUUCGCGCCUCAGACGUUCGCAGGAUGGAAGAAAUUUCCGGCGAAGUGUUGCGCGAGAGAGAAAAUCGACUCAAGGACCGAGCAGAGGUGAAUAGAGACUCGCUUUGGAGACACCAAACGACUUGGUUCACGGGUUCGGGAAAGAUCAACGAGCGUGACACAAAACCCGCGACGAUGGCACAUUUCCGCUCUGUUUAUCCUCGAGCUGAGUUGUCUCGUAUGGCCAGAGACAUGCGUAGCGUGAUGGUUGAAAAGGAGGUAUCCAAUGUCCGUGCUUCGCUUGAGCGAACCGAACAGUACUGGCAUGGGAGAAUACACGAUCGCCUCGACCGUCUCGAGGGAUCUAUGGCAAGCACCCUGAGCGACCACUCGCACACUCAGAGCCUUGUCACCUCCAUCGGUUCACAGUUGAAGCAGCUGCAGCUCGAGAUUCAGAAUGCCCGCGACACUCGCAGACGUGCCGGGCAAUGGGCCAGCGACAGGCGCGGAGAAGCUCCGUCCCGGGCAAUCGGUAACCAUCACACGCCGAUCCUUGCCCAAGUGGUGCAAUCGGCAGCACGACCCUCGCAGACGACUGCGUCGACGCUUGCUGCGGACUCUCCCAAAACAGCACUCGAAGAAAGCGGAGAGGUUCUCCCGGAGGAACAGGACGGGGCAAGGGGUUCUACAAACACUAUCGCAAGGGAGGAGGGCGUAGAGAGUACCACAGGGGCGAUGAUUCCCGCCGUUCAAGCUUGUGACGAUCAGCCCACGCCCUUGGAGUGUUCCAGCGCCGUGGGUCUCUGUUCUAUGCCUGGGGGAGUGACCCCGGCCGAUGCGACAGCAGGCCAAGGAAGUAUCGACCAGGAUGACUAUUUGGGAGACGUCGACAACAAAUCCUGCCCUCUAAGGGAUGGAGACUCGGCUCCUUUUAAGAGUGGCCAACGAUCGGUUGGGAGCGUCGUUGACAAUGGCAAGGACAGCGAAACGCAAUACCCGUUCAAGACAGGAGAAGGAACAGGAACGCCGGAGCAGAGAGGAACAUUGCCGGAGCCACCUCCAGUAGAUAGGCUACAUGUCCACCGAAAGGCCAUCCACACAUCCUCAGCGGACACUCUCCGUGCGUUGGCGGCCGUGUCAUUUUCUGCCGAGGAAGACGCCGCUCUUGCGGCGAGUGCAGAAGAAGUUGGUGACGGGCAUCCUUCGCAGUUGAUCAGGGGUCCGUCCCCUCGCUCCUCGCCAUCCUCUGUUCCUUCCUGCGGUUCCUCCGCACCUUCUUCUUCACCUCCACCCCCCUCGCCGAUGUCUCCACCCCACACCCCCUCCGUCAACAGCACCGGAGCCCCUCAGGCUGACGACCCUGGUGGGGCCGAAAAAUAUUUUGCUGCAACAUCCCCAGCCGAAGCGUUAGAUCCGAAUGUUGCGCCGCCGAAGUUGUUGGGCGAUGGUCUGGGUGCAAGUGACAGUAGCAAAAUCGCGGAUACAGAGGCGGGAGGGAGCGACGUAUCUCAAUCCCGGAUGGCGGCGUCUACCAAGCCAGGGUCGUCGUCGGACAGUAGCUUUUCAGUGGACGACGACGAGGCGGUAGUGGGGCAGCAACGUGGGCUAGGGCUGCGAGAGACGUGCGACAACGACCACUCCACCCCAACUACAACCUCGAGACCUGGCGGGGGAAAGACAUGCGCGCCGACGAGUUCGCUCUCAACAUCGACAACGUCGGAGAGAGGUACUUGCGAUGACGUCAGUGCCACCCCAGGGGUCAGCACGUACGGUGGACGCGUUCACCACAAAAAUCCACAAAAGGGGCCACCGCCACGCGCGCCUCCGCCAGAAAUGCCGUUGGACAUGAGGAGAAAGUCGAUGGCGGCAGUUUCUACGGGUCCUGCCCCAGUCAGCUUUCGGGAUAGAUCAGCUUCGAAGGUGACCGGACUCGUCAGGACGAUCUUUGCGGAAACUCGUCGCGCUGCAUUCAGCGCGCGGAUUCCUACAAAACUAAUCGUGCUGUUCGCUGAAGUAACAACUGAGCCGUUGGCUUUGCGAUGCAUGCCUGUUGUGUCUUGGCAGGACUCCGGUGUGGUCACAGCACAGUGCGAGUUCUGCCUACGACGAUACCUUAAGUCUGCCAUGAGCACGCACUUACAGGUUUGUGAGCUUCGGUUGGUGCGGUGCCCUUUCCAGUGCGGCGUCAAGGUGCUAGUGCGCAACCUCGAGAAGCACAUGGGGUCCUGCUCGAUGAAGGAGUCCGCCGAAAGCGAAGGUGUUGUAAACGCUUCCGCUACUCCUACGCGCGUGCGAAACCUUGACGCCACGGCGAGCACUCGGGCUGGACCACCCAACGAGACAACGAGAAAAAAGGGUGACGAGCAUGCUAGCCACGGAGAAACCGACGAGGGCAAUGCGCGGCAGGGAGGAGUUCUCGCGAUCGGACCAGGGCCUGAACCAGGACCGGGACCGGGACCGGGACCGGGAUCAGGACCUGGAGACGCCGAUCGUACGGUAACGUGCAUGCGCUGCCACGAAAGCUUACCCUUUCACCUCGUGCCUUCCCACGGCCCCAAGUGCAAAGGAAAAAAGGGUGAGGGUGAGCUUGGCGCACGUGCGACCGCAGGGUCGCCGUCCGGUACGUCUGAGAGAUGGCAGGGACCACCGUCCGGGUUCCAUUAUCCUCCUCCCUUUGGCGCUGCCGUUGAUUUCAGACCACCUUCUCUGAGGUCGCCGGUAUCGUCGCAAAGCCGCUCGGGAGUUGGAGGAAAUCCGCUGCGAGGAGGACUUUCGACGCCACCUAUCUUAAGCAGCGCCGUCGGGACACAUGGCUCCACCCUGUCGUCUUUAUCGUCGUCGGGACCUGGUGAUACCGGCGCCGUCCCGAAGGUAUCAUCCGGCCGUUCAGUUGUGACUCCUUGUUCCCCCGCUGUCAGCCCGAAAGCCUGGCACGCUUCGUCUCGAAUAGGGACGGUGCUCACUCCGGGCGUGAGAGUUCCUCCUUCACCCCCUAGGUUGAAAGAUGUCCGGGCCUGGGGCACGAGGCAGGUGACCUCUUGGCUGCGGGAGAUCAUGAGGCCGCCGAGGGCCGACAUCAUCUCCAAGUUCCAUGACAGUGGCGUCGACGGCACCGCACUGUUAAGCGUAACAGAUAGGUAUCUCUUGCAUCCAACGGAGGGAUUGGGAAUCACUGACGAAGUCGUGCGCCGACAAAUCCUCGAGGCCAUGGAUUCUCUGAAGGUUGGCUUGUAG